UCUGCGAGGCUUAGAGUUGGAGUAUUUAUUUUUACUUUUUAUUCACAAAGUUUUCGAGUGAUAAUAUUAUGCUUUCACGAGUGAUAUUAGGUAGCAGGCUGAUGUCCUGCCGUGGUGCCACAUGCACCAUCGCUGCUCGUCAGGAGCAUACACUGCCAGCCCUGCCGUAUGAGUACAAUGCAUUAGCUCCAGUCGUUAAUGCAGAUAUUAUGGAACUUCACCAUAAGAAACAUCAUGCGACGUAUGUCAACAACCUCAACAAUGCAGAGAAACAGCUGAAAGAGGCAACGGAUGCUGGUGAUAUUGGGAAGGUGAUUGCCCUGCAGCCAGCACUGAAGUUUAAUGGAGGAGGUCACAUCAAUCACUCAAUCUUCUGGACUGUCAUGUCACCAAAUGGAGGUGGUGAACCAACAGGAGAUCUAUUAUCUGCAAUUAAUCGUGAUUUUGGUUCCUAUGACAACAUGAGAGAGAAGUUAUCAGCAGCAUCUAUUGGUAUCCAGGGAUCCGGCUGGGGUUGGUUGGGCUACAAUAAGACGACACGAACCCUUGCAAUCACAACAUGUGCUAAUCAAGAUCCACUGGAGGCCACAACAGGUCUGGUUCCCUUGUUUGGUAUUGAUGUUUGGGAGCAUGCUUACUAUCUGCAAUACAAGAAUGUGAGACCCGACUAUGUUAAGGCCAUCUUCAACGUGGCAAACUGGCAGAACAUAGAUGAGAGAUAUCACAAUGCAUUGAUCAACUCCUGAGAGAGGGCGCUCUGCAGAAAUAAGAUAUUCAGCAUAGACCUUAUCGCAAAUACCGGGGCGCGCGCGUAAAGCUUGGAAUUAGGUGCAUUGUGGUCUUGCUGGUAUCCA